AUGAACUUCCUCUACCUGGCGUCAACCAUUUCUCCUGUUCUAUUGCUAAUUUAUCUUUUACCACCGGAUUGGGAAAAGUUGCAGAAGAGAUGUGAGGCUCCAUUCUUGCGGUGGCCUCUGUAUACCCGUGUCAAACGCAUUAUUGGCAACCUCUUAUGGCCAUCUUACUACCAGCCUAUCGACAAACUUUUGCCUUUGGACUGCCGGUCUCCGAUAUAUUCUCUUAACAAUGACGCGGUGUAUUAUAUCACUUCCAUGCUCCCUCCUGCGGACGCUGCUGCAUUCGUUCUAAGUUGCAGGGCUAUUUGGCAGGCCGCCGGCGGUCAAAAUUUUCUCACCAGGCUUUCCAAGUCUGAUGAAAGUUGCUUGGAUUUUUUUGAGAGGAUCGAAGCGGACUAUCCAAAACAUGUUCUCUGUUACCGUUGCAAAAAAUUCCAUUCCCAUUGCAGGUCACCGUCAGGUCUAAAGCCGGACGCAUGUGAUACAGAGAGCAGUGUCCAUUUCCUUGGGCCACCAAAGGACUAUCGAACAUGGCAUUUAACAUACCGACAAGCGAAAGAAGUCAUGAACCAUUAUCGAUUUGGCCCCACACAUGGGAGGUGUGCGCCUAAGGCUAUACAUUAUCACACUUUUGCGCAGGAGAUUAAUCAAUACCAACAUUAUGUCAAAGGUGUCUGGAAUUUCGACAUGAAAUUUAUUGGCAACAACCUUAUUUUAAGGGAAGAUAUAUGGAUCAAAUACAAACUUGACGGUCAUUUGAGUACGUCGGACGCAGUGAGUAUGUGUGAAGGAUGGAACAAGCACCUAUCUUUAGGACGUGCCAUGGGCACGAAUGACGAGCUGCACAGCUGCUAUCGAUGUCCUUACAGCUCCUCUGAGAGAGAGAUCCAAGUCUCUUAUCUUCGAUAUAAACCCGGAUAUGGGCUACUUCGCAGCACCCUAUGGGAAAAUCUCGGGGCUUGCCAAAAUUCAGACACUGACUUAUGGAACCAUGGAACCUGGUUCAAUCCUUGCACUUUUAGCCCUCUCGCCAUAGAUCCUGCCGAGUUGAGGUACAAACAUCAUUUUGAUACUCGAUUACCGGCUCGAGACCAUUCUGGCUGGAAGGUUAACUUCUGGUGA